AUGGAUAAUGGCCCCAGAAAUGCAAACAAAUGCUGUAGCUGGACGCCAAUUCAAGACCAAUUCGCCUCAAGUUGGCGAGGGCGAGAAGUGAUGCCGAUUGGUGUUUAUGCGAGCCUGAAUUGUGGCAAUGCAGGGCGGACGAAGGACCAAAUCGGCGGCCGAAUAGUUGCUAGUGCUUCGAGCCCACAUAGAACAUGCCUUCAUAAUGCUCCUCAUCUCCCGGUUGCCAGGUUCACGACUCGGUGA